CCGCUGCUGGCGAUUUCUGAUACUUUUCAAGAUUGUCUAUCUGAUCUUAUCCGUUCAGGCAGAGUAAAGGAGAAGAUUUCAUUUUGCUGCAAAAGGUUUCACAUCUCUUCCCACUCCGUUCAGGCAGAGUUAGUAUCGUUCUCAUCUUUCAGAGUGUUCUCAUCUUCUUCCCAUGACAAUCUUCUUGCUCUGGUUGGCCCUAUAUAGUGUGUAUUGGUUGACUAUCUGAACGAUACAUUUUGGUUGGAAGUACAGAUGAAAUCCAAGAAUUAGUCAUGGAAAGGGACAUGUCUUAUCUCGAAGGGUGCCAUCCAAACUGUGUCGGCACAAACGGCAUAUCGAUAUUUACCAGUGUUAAUUCAGUAUUAGUGAAUAUUUUGGCCGUGGCCGACUCAAAGAGACAGACAAAACGAACCAUGCUCAUUCUCUUGGCCGAGUUAUUGCAUUGUCUCUGCGUAUGAUGCUGCUCAAGGAGUCAACAUCUGCGUGGGUGGCAUGUCUGAUAACUGCAGCUCACACACACAUAUCAAACAACACAAUUUACUGCACACCCGUACGUGAUUAUAACAACUCAUGCAGGACCAGACGGUCACUGAAAGAGCACAAAGAACAAUUCAUUGAGGUGCCUGUAAACCGAUUUCAGUUUGCAUUUCAAGCAACUUAAAGCUGCAAAGUUGGGGCCGAGCUUCUCUGUUGAUCCACACUGUGAUUCUUUAGCAAGUGACUCGUGCUGUGUCAGCCAUGUGGCUGUGUUCUGUCAGCCAUGGGAGCCCCCUCAAAUGAAGCCUUUUCCGAAAGGGAGCGAAGCAUAUAACUCAUGUUUGGGAGUGUUGUGUUGCUAUUCCAUAACCCAUGCUGUGGUCGCUGUUCCUUCUGGUGGAUUCUUCCUCCAAGACAACGUGGUCACUUCUCCGCUCUCGUAACAGUUGCGUUUUAAACUCUUCUUUAUCCUUUUGUGCCGUUUGAGGAGGAAGGACCGAAGGAGGUUUGCUUAGAUGUGAAGAACUAGUAAUUUAGCCUCGGCACGCUUCCAUAGAGACUCAGAUGGAAUCUCCUCCCCGGCUGCCACCCCCGCCGCCACCUGCUUUGGAUCUUUCCCUGGCCGUCGACGCCGCCGCCGCCUCCGCCGCCGCCUCCGGAGACGGCGCCAAGGACGUGAAGCUCUUCCCCUGCCUCUUCUGCAACAAGAAGUUCCUCAAGUCGCAGGCGCUUGGCGGGCACCAGAACGCCCACAAGAAAGAGAGGAGCUUCGGGUGGAGCUCGUACCUCUACCUCACCCCUGCCGCCGCCGCCACAACAGCCGUCGUCGCCGUCCCCCCUCCGUCUCUGAGCUCUCCCCCGCUCGCCCACGCGUGCAGAUAUCGCUUCGACGGCCCGUCAGCCCCUCGGUUCGCCGCCGACCAUCCCCUGCUCGCCACCAUGAGCAGCGGCCGAGCCAUGUGCGCCGCCGGAGACCUGGCCGCAAGCGGCAACGAGACCAUUGAUCUCCUAAACUGGCGGAGGGGCUCACAUCCUCCUCCCCAGAAACUACUUCCGGCGGACUCCACCGGGGACCGAGCAGAGCUCGAUCUCUCCUUAAAACUCUAGGAAUCUCUAGCUACUCGCUUACUCCCCAUCCAUUUCCUUCAUUGCCUGUAUCCGUUCUCCUCUUUCGCGACUCCCGAGCAGAAUUAGCACCGCAUCUCCAUGCACGCAGCAGCAGUGGAAUUGGAUUGACCCAGAACAGGAUAGAACAGGACACAUGCAUGUGAUAUGGGCGUGGAGUUAGUGCAUUGUGUAUGCUCUGUUUACAUCAUAAUUAGAACUUUAGCUCAAA